GUUAAUGCAGAGCCUGUGUGUGCCGAGCAGACGGCUCGGCUCUUUCUUGUCAGUGUGGCUGGGGCUCGGUGUGGGCGGCUCGUUUAAUGGCAGCCCAGCCGUUAAAAAGCUUUUUUUUUUGUUUUUUAAAUAUUCCCUGGUGUCGUAAUGUAGUCACUACAGGUAACUCGCUUUCAUCUUGGGGUUCUAUUUGAGCAACAUUAGCCGGCUAAUGUAGCUGGGUUAACUUGCUAAGUAACGUUUGUAUCCUUCAGACAGCACUGUGAUAUUUGAGGUUAACGCUAAACGUUACACAGACCUUCACAGAGGAUGCUGGAGUCAAUAAAAGUGACAGACUCCACUGGCCAGAAGUAGAAAUGUCCAAAAAGUAUAUCUUAAACUCUGCUGACAAGGCACUGAGUCCAAGCCAAGUAUACCUGGAGAAAAUUUCUUCAGGUGUCCUCAAAGACCUCUUCAGCACUGGCUCCAGCAGCUACAAUGUCCUGCUGCAGGCUGAGGAAGAGGAGAAGAAGAGCCCGAAGCAGUCCCCGUACAAGAGGCCAAAAACAUCAGUGAAAUGUGGCACCACAUUUAGUAAAAGAAACCGUCCAGGCGUGGUUCCUAAAAAGGUACGUGCUCCGGAAGGUGGUGGUAAACCUGCACAGACAAAUCGUGUCCUCUCAGGAAGCAACUCCAAUCUCCCUAAACCAGCACGAAGCAUCGCAGUUGUGGGCAGCACCAUGAGCCUAACCCCUCGUACAGUUCCACAGCUCAGGAAGAUGUGCAUCCCCAGUUCCCCUCGCACUAAACUUCCCUUGUUGCAGAAAGCAGCAAUCACGCGGGAAGUGGAAAAUGCCAAGAAGCUCUGCAUCCUUACAGCCAUCAAGCCUUCUAAUGUUGAGAAAGAGAAGGCCAAGUUUUUCAAGUCUGACUUCAACUACAAUCCACAGUUUGAGUACAGCAACCCCGUUUCUCCACUUGUUCUGGCACGGCAUAACAAUGCCUCAGAUCGCUUCCUGACAAAGGCAGUGCACAUCAUGGAGCUAGCUCUUCAGCGAUAUGGCUGCUAUGAGAAAUUUGAACAGGUCACUGGCGGCCACCUCCUCACCAAGAGUCGCAUCUGGCACAACGUCAAGAAAUACAUGGAGAAGGAAGGCUGUAUGGGGGAGAUCGUAGUCCAGGUGACAGAUGACCUCCUGUCCAGAGCCUCCAUGACAGUGGUGAACAGCAGACCCACACUGACCAUCAACAUCUCCACUGCCCGAGAACACUGGCUGGAAGGCAUGCUGAGGCAUGAGAUUGGCACACAUUAUUUCCGUGGCAUCAACAACUGCCACCAGCCAUGGAGCAGCAGCAUGGGCAGGAAGAAGCACAACCUGAAGCCUCUGAACCCCACAGAGGAGGGCCUGGCCAGCAUCCACAGUGUCCUGUUCCGGAAAGACCCCACACUGUGGCGCGCUGCCCUGCUUUACUACACCGUCUACCAGGCCAGCCACAUGUCCUUCUCGCAGCUCUUCCACAAUCUGGGACGCUUCGUCCAGGACCCCAAUACCCGCUGGGACUACUGUGUCCGAGCCAAGAGAGGCCAGACUGAUACAGCACAGCCAGGGUGCUUCAGUAAAGACCAGGUCUACCUGGAUGGCAUCCUGAAGAUCCUUAGAUACAGAGACAAGAUCAACUUCCCAUUGCUGAUGGCUCUAGGAAAGGUGUCAUUUGAAGACGUGGACCGCCUGAAAGCAUUGGCUCAGAUGGAGAACGUCCGAAUCCCUCACUUCAUACAGGACCAGGAAAGAUAUGCCGAGCAGCUUACGAAAAUCAUGACGUUCAACCAGCUGACUGACGAGGAGCUCAAGACCAUUGUCUGAGCCCAUUCCACGCUCCUGCACAAACCUGAUCACACGUGAAUAAAUUCACACCACUGCCAGCCAUGGCCUGCAUGCCUCAAUACCAAUACCAACACCAUCAUUGUGCAUGGUAGCAGAGUGUGUGACUUGUGCAGCGUACUGUAUUGCAUGUAGUGUAGAGUUGUGUUAGACAGGAUACAUACAUUUAAUCUGAUAAUUGCUUUUAAUUAAAAAUCUGUUACUGCCCAGUCAUUUCUCCACUGAUACAGAAGGGAUCACCAGAGAAACAUUUCAGUGCGUUGUGUUUAAGGCUGGAUGUAGUUUGAACAUUUUCUUUACCAGUGCCAAUACAAUACCUGGAUUGCUGUAUCCAUAAACAAUGGUACUUUUUCAAUACCUUACUUUUCUUUUUACCAAGCACUUAGUGCCAAAAUUUUUUUACUUGACAGUUUCUGAGACAAGAUAAUAGUUUGGUUUGUGGUGCGAUACCCAUUCUUAGGUUUGGGAGGAUUUUCAUUAGUAGCUACAGUAGCGUGGUUUUCAAAAGAGUUUUAAUAUCCCAUGAUGUCCUAAAUUAGAGCCUGACUGAUCUUUUUUUUUUUGGUCUUGUUUUCGGGUUGUCCGUCCCAUUCUCGUGAACGCUAUAUCUCAGGAACGCUUGGAAGGAACUUCUUCAAAUUUGGCACAAAUGUCCACUUGGACUCAAGGAUAAACUGAUUAUAAUUUGGUGAUCAAAGGUCAAGGUCACUGUGACCUCAUAAAACACAUUUUUGGCCAUAACCCAAGAAUUGCUGACCAAAUUUCACAGUUGGUCGGAACCUGACUAGGUGACACUUUUGACUCAAAGGACAAAGGUCUAAGGACUAAAUAGGUUUUUAGCCAUAAUUUAAGAUUGAAUUGGGCAAUCCAGAUGUCACACAUGUUGACUGGGACGACACAAUGAGUAAACAAUAACUAGCACAGUACGGGCUUUCCUCCAUCUUGUCCUUUCACUUCCUGCCUCAUUCUGUAUUUCGACCGUCAUCAGAAUAACGUGAUUGCAAACAACGUAUUGGAGCGCACCUAGCUACUCGUGAUCCUGUGAAUGAGUGAGUUUGACCUACAGCUCAUAGAGAGGCUUUGCAUCUUAAAAUGCCAGGAGAAAACAAAAGCACCACAUUUUGUGGAGCUAUACUCUAUAAGAAUCCAUCUUUACAUAGUAAUCAAGUACAUGUGUACCUAUUUAGCCAGUACAUCUAUGAUAAUCCUUCAUUAAUCAGUUCAACAAUGUAUAUUCACUGGAAUCAUACAGUUUGUAUCAUCAAUAUAGUGAUAACUUCCAUUUAGCCAAAAAAUACAUUGUAUAGCUUUUAUUCAAUUCCUUCCAAGUAUUCAUAACAUUUAUUAUGAGUCUGGACAAACAUGGAUGUAAACUGCAACUUGACUGGUUGGCGGAGGCAUACAACCGCAGGGUGGUAAUUUGAGUUUAAGCUUAUAUUGAUAUUUGAGACAUAACAAACUGUAUGUCAGCCGAUAUUUGUUUUUUAACACAUUAACAAACUUAUUUGAUAAGGAUACCUUAAAUUUGGUUAUUAAAGAAUUGUGACCAAGA